AUGGCAUUAAUUAAAAGGGAAAGUGAUACUUAUUUGAACAACAUAGUGGUUAAACAAGAGAAAAGCUCCGGUAAUCAUUAUAAUAACGAAGAACAGCAAAAAAAAUUCGAUGUCACAUCUGCUAAAGAGAGUCGCCCAGCUUUGGAUGAAGUUUCAACGAACAAGAAGUCGAUUAAAGCAAGAGACACCAACAGUGAUCAAAAACAAAAAUAUUUGAAUUACCUAUUAAAAACAGACACAUACACCAGAACACCAGCAAAUCAAAAAAUUGUUUCUGCUCACCCCCCUCCUAGUAGACACCAAGAAAAUAGAUCGUUCAACGAAGGACAGAAUUUAGAUACUUCAAAGGAAAUCAGCAAAAACAAGAGAUGUAACUCUAUGUCAAAUGAUGGUAAAACCAAAGAAGAUUUCGAAACGAUCAGUAAGCAACGGAAAAAAAACAGCGUUAACUCAAUUAAGGAUAUCAAUGAUUUUUCUUCCCAGUGUCUACAAAAGGAAGGUUUAUAUGAAUCAAAAAAUUUACAAGAUAAAAAUGAUACAACACAAAUAAUUAAUAAGAACCCAAAAGAAAUCAAGUGUGUUUCACCAGGACCAUAUAAACCAUCAACUUCAUUCCUUUAUGAAAUUGCUAAUUCAGAACAAUUGGAAUACACAGAACUAAAAGAUAUAUUUCAAAAUAUUAACGAAACAGAAGACAAAGAUUAUGUAUUCGAUGUAUCUAAUAUGACCCUUGAUACUUGGGUUGAAGAAGGUCAGAAAAAUAUUAGUGAAUAUCGUGAAUUAAUUAGUCAACUUGUAAAGAAAAGAAUUGAAUUUAGCAUUCGGUUUCAAUUAAUUACAGAUAUAAUCAACCAACGUGCAAAUGCUUUAAAUGAAAAGGGGUUAUUAUUAGAUGAUAAACUCAAAAAAAUAAAAGAAAUAGGUGAUGAAAUCCUAAAUAUUAUAUAA